AUUGAUGUCAUUUUCUUGUCGUUCGUCGCUACUUCGGCGGUCGCUAUCGUGUGUUUCUAGAGCGCAGACGUCACGCUCUUAUCGGAGGUUUUGUAAGGCAGCUGAACGUUCGACUCUAAUAGAGGAAUUUGAAGGAAAUGCGGCCGCUGAAGAGACAGUUCGACUAUUACUGGAAGGAAACAGAGUCAAACUGGCAGAAACUAUCACAUUAAUCGAGUCUGCACAUCCCGUCAAACGUCUGCUGGGUCAGUCGAUUAUCACCGCCGUGUUGGAGCAGUUCCACAGAAAUCAUCCGUCGACAUUCCGAGUCGGGAUCACAGGACCACCCGGUGCUGGAAAGUCAACAUUUAUUGAGACGUUUGGGACGUUUCUGACGUCACAAGGACACAAAGUUGCAGUCCUGGCAGUUGAUCCGAGUUCUUCCACAACUGGUGGAUCUCUUCUUGGUGACCGAACGAGGAUGCCUCAAUUGUCACGUAAUCCUAAUGCUUAUAUCAGACCAUCUCCGUCAUCAGGAGCACAAGGUGGUGUAACAAGGAGUACUGGCGAGACCAUUCUACUUUGUGAAGCUACCGGUUACAACAUCAUUUUAGUGGGAAGGGUAGGAGUCGGUCAAGCAGAACAUGCUGUUGCUGACAUGGUGGAUAUGUUUGUACUUUUGACUCCUCCAGGAGCAGGAGAUGAGCUCCAGGGCAUGAAAAGAGGUGUUGUCGAGUUGGCUGACAUGGUUAUUGUAACAAAAGCUGAUGGUGAGUUGAUGAAAGCAGCAAAUCAUGUGAAAGCAGAAUACCUCAGUGCACUGCGCUUUCUCAAACGACAAUCAAAGUUAUAUUACCCCAAGGUCCAUCUCAUUUCUUGCCAAGAAAACAGAGGAAUCAAUGAAAUAUGGGAAGAGAUGCGUGGCUUCAGACAGAUAAUGCAGGAGUCGGGACACUUUGAAUCAAAACGACAUCACCAACAGAAAGCCUGGAUGUGGAAUCACAUUCGACAUCAAAUACUGUCCAGCUUCAGACGACAUCCUGUGGUACAGGAAUCCUAUGCAAAGUAUGAAGAGCUGGUUGUUGAUGGUGUGUUGACACCGGGAGCAGCUUCAGACGACAUCCUGUGGUACAGGAAUCCUAUGCAAAGUAUGAAGAGCUGGUUGUUGAUGGUGUGUUGACACCGGGAGCAGCUGCAGACAAGUUACUUGCAUGCUUUCUGGAUGACAGACGAGCAAAUGAGAGUGAAGCCAAGAAAUAGUGAAAUCCCAGUCUUGUCUAAUGUUUAGACACACGGACACGUAUCUGCGUAUAUUUUGAACAAUUUCAAUAAAUCACCGGUGAGCUGUAUGUACAGCAGACAAUA